CCGAGUGGACAGGCCGAGCACUGCUUCGGCCACCUUCAUAAAGGAGGUACCCUGUCCACCCGGCAGAGAGGAUCGUCUUCUCACUUAUACUACUCUACUACCUCUACUCAAACAGGUCAGAGCAAUUAAAAUGCCAUUAAAGGUUGUCGUGGUUGGUGCUGGCCUGGCGGGCUUGGGCGCCGCAAUUGCUUUGAAUCGCCAAGGCCAUGAUGUCGAGAUUCUCGAGCAAUCUGGAUUUCUCAACGAAGUGGGAGCUGCCAUCCACAUGGCACCAAAUGCCACACGCAUCCUCAAAGACUGGGGAUGCAACUUGGAGGGUCUGCAGCCCGUACACUGCGACAGCCUGCAGAUUUGGGAUCAACAAGGGAACCACAUCCGAACUCCAAUUGUGACAAAGGAUGUCCAGGAAACCCUAGGCAUUCAUGACGAGUGGUUGCUUACACACCGAGUGGAUCUGCACAAUGCUCUAAGGAAUUUGGCCGCAAAGGAAGUGAACGGCACGAAGCCUACCAUUCAUCUCCGCUCUCGUGUGGCAUCCGUGGAUCCCGAGGCUGGCGAGGUGACGCUCGAGAAUGGCACCAAGUAUACUGGUGACUUGGUUAUAGGUGCGGACGGCAUUCAUUCUCGAUGCGUUCGCAGUGUCACUGGCGACAGCCAACAAAAGGAAAGCACGGGCCAAAACUGCUUCCGCUUUCUCAUUCCGACUUCCAAAAUGAGGAGCAACCCUCUCACUGCAUCUCUUCUGGACAAGAUGGGGUCUGGCGGUGUGCACGUUUUUGCUUCGGGUGAUCGAAGACUGGUCAUCUAUCCCUGUCGUCACGGUGAAUUGCUCAACUGUGCGGGUAUUCACCCAUCGGGAUCCGACUCUGGAGCUAAAGAUUCCUCUUGGCUUGACAGCGGAAAUCUGGAUCAGUUGCUUGAGGCAUAUAAAGACUUCGGUCCGGAGCUCCAAGAGAUGUGCAAAUUGGCGGAGGACCUGAAGCUCUGGAGCCUAGCAUCUCGCGCGCCGCCGCAGACAUUCGUCCAUGGCAAACUAGCACUCGUCGGAGACGCGGCUCACCCAACCUUGCCUCAUCAAGGCCAAGGUGGUGCACAAAGUUUUGAGGACGGAGCAGCUCUUGGAGCCCUAUUUCCUCCCGAAACCACCCAAGAGGAUAUUCCAGAACGACUGCAGCUCUACAACCAAGUCCGGUAUGGACGAGCCGUUACAGUGAUGAUGAUGUCCAAGGUAGACGAUGAUCGCCGAGCCCAGAUGCUGGACGAACUGAGGACGUAUGUGCCGGAUGCGCAGUUCCCGAAAGAUAUGUUUUCCUUCACCUGGUCCUCCUUCCCGGGUCGGGAUGCUGAACGGCUACUUCGGAACGCCCAAGUUAGCGCCUAGAGCGCAGCAGGAAAAUCAAUUCUAUACAAUCGGGAUAUGGCGGCCUUCCGAUCCCACUCUAAUUGCUGCAUGAUAUUAGCAGACGUAAAUCCCUU